CAUUUUUCUAAUACCGACUACGGGCAUAAAUCUCUCCCUUGCCAAGACCGGUAACGAUCAGAGGUGCGCUUUAAACGGCUGUACAAUGUAAUGUAAACAAAGUUUUGAACUUUCAAGAAGCAUUUAUUCGAAAACAAUGGAUUUACGAAUGUUCUUGGUCGUUCUAGGUUUAGUUGCUAGGACAUUUGGAAUAUCGGAUCUAGAAUUCGCAAAGGAAUAUAAUAGUAAGGAAGGGAGUGUUCGAAGAAAACCGGAACUCAGGCUGGACGAGGCAUGGCUGACGAUCAACUCUAGCGUUAACUUUAACAUCCUGUUGUUCUCUCUAAAUGAUCAGUGCUGGAAGUGUGAUCCAGUUUUUGUUGACAUCAUCCCAAGGUAUAGUAUUUACACGCUAAAAGUAAACACGACAUUUGGGACGACUAUUUACCUCAAAGAGAACGAUCUUACGGGGACACUUGAUGAAACAUUCUGCACAUUCCACAAGAAAUUCACAGAAUCUGGCGACUACUGGGUGUUUGUUUCAAACCAAGAAUUCAUCCACCAUGAUUGCAAGCUUCUACAAACGAAUGACCCACUUCCGGCGGAAAUGCCUAUUGUGUAUGUGUUUGGCGGACUACUCAUUAUAUGGGUCAUCGGAGAUAUGGUGGUCAGACUGGACAGAAAAUACAACAAAUCCCAGUCUGUGAACAUCACGGACCCGGAGAACGCUCCAAGGAAUCUACGCAUGAAGAGUCUUCGACCUACACAGAACGGGUUUUCAGAUAUCAGCGAAGACAGUGGAACUGCGAAUGACAGGAACAACUCUCCACAACAGUAUUCUACCCACAACAAGCGAGAAAGGCUGAAAUCACUUGAUACUUUCAGAGGGUUGAGUCUGAUGAUCAUGGUUUUCGUUAAUUACGGAGGCGGGGGCUACUGGUUCUUUGAUCAUCCUCCCUGGAAUGGCCUGACUGUCGCCGACCUCGUGUUUCCAUGGUUCAUCUUUAUCAUGGGCACGGCAAUGAACUACUCGUUUCGUGGGAUGAUGAAGCGAGGUACUCCCAGAUAUAGGAUGCUGUAUAAGGUCCUGAGACGGGCCAUUCUUCUAUUCUUUAUUGGGAUUGUCCUCAACACCAACUGGGGACCUGUGAAUCUGAAGACGAUCCGUAUACCCGGCGUGUUACAGAGGUUCAGUCUGACCUACCUGGUCCUGGGUCUGUUUGAGGUCUGUUUUUCUCGGUAUGACACACCGGAAAAAUAUCAGGGCAGAUGCUGGUCUUCAUUCAGAGACAUCCUGCUGUUCUUACCUCAGUGGUUUCUGGCCCUGGGGAUCUUAGCAGCGUAUGUCUGCCUGACAUUUCUCCUACCCAUAGGGCCCUGUCCCACUGGAUAUAUCGGGCCCGGCGGACUACACGACUCCGGUAAAUACUACAACUGUACAGCAGGGGCUGCGGCUUACAUUGACAUCAUGGUGCUGGGCAAGAACCACAUAUACGGCAAACCUACGCCUCACAUCAUCUAUCAAACUACCACUCCGCAUGACCCAGAGGGAAUUCUGGGAACUCUGUCGUCCAUAUUUCUGUGCUUUUUAGGAUUACAGAGCGGGCGAAUUUUGAUUUAUUACCUCGGUCAUGCCAGUCGAGUUGUAAGAUGGCUCAUAUUGGCAAUCAUAACGGGUGGUAUUGGAGGUACUUUGUGCAAGUUUUCCAUAAAUGAUGGUUGGAUUCCUUUAAACAAGAAUCUAUGGUCUGUGUCAUUUAUCAUGGUAACUGCUUGUUUCGCCUUCAUCUUACUUACCAUAUUGUAUCUAAUCAUUGACGUUGCCAAGAUUUGGAACGGGACACCAUUCAUAUUUCCAGGGAUGAAUUCCCUGGUAGUGUACGUCUGUCACGAUGUUUUCUAUCGGUUCUUUCCCGUGAAUUGGUACAUGGAGAACCCAAUGCACUGGCACCUGCUGCUGAAGGCUGUUUGGGACACAGCUAUCUGGGUUGUGUUGGCCUACAUCCUCUACAGAAAGAGGAUCUUCAUUGCAUUAUAGAUAUCAUAUUAUUCUAUGUUUUUGAACAACGUGAACAGUUCCCAAACAUUAAGACUAUCAUGAACAUUAUUGGAUGAAUGUUCAAGAAAAUCUGAAAAAAUUUUACAUGGUGCUUUUUAUUAUUUACUUUCUAAUCUAUUCGUUUAUUGAUUGUUGUUUAGUUUGUAAUUAUUUAAUAAUUUUCAAACUUUUCUUGCCAUGAUAUUAACAAUUGAAACAUUUUGUUUAACAUUAGAAAUAGAGAGACACAUAUCAAUUUUAAUGAUUGCAUUUUUUCAAUAUCUACAUUUAUAUGUAUUUUUAUAUAAAAAAAAUGUAAUAUUG